GUGGCAACUAGGACUGUGGGAAGAGAGCCGGCGGAGAGCUCCGGUGAAGUUUGUUCCGGUGUACGAAGAUCAGAGGGCAAAAAUAUCAAAGCUAAGGUGUCUGAACAGAAGGGUUAGCAGAGGUAACAGAUCCUGUAGAAGUGUUCGUAUAAAAGAUUUGGAGUUAUUUAUAAAAAAUGAAAGGAAUAGGAAGCAGCCAUUACCGGACCCCCCUUGCGUACCGGAGGUCAAGGACACCGGCGGCCAGUGGAUAUAGGCGUAGUUACCGUAGUCGUGCAACUUUUAAGACCCAGUAUGUUCGCAGACGGUACGUUCAGAAUAUUCCCCGAUUUAUUAAGAAGACUAAGAGGGGAGUAAGGAAAUUACAGCUAUACGAUGAACACUUAAGGGACAUUAAGUUUGAUAAUAAAGGCGUGUCGAGAUUACUUAAUGGUAUUGAGUUGGGUAAUAAGAGAUCUGACCGUCAAUCAGACAAGAUCGUGGUUAAGGGUAUCAAAUUCAUUGGUAAUGUUCAAUUGGGACAGGAUGCUAAGGACGAAGCUGUGGUCCACCACGUGUUGUUUUUUGUCAUCAGUGAUAAUAGUCCGUCAGA